GGUGUUGUUGGAUUGACAGCGGGCGAUAAGCAGAGAGGUAAUGGACCAGUCUCUCCUGGACUAUUGUGGAGCGGGUUUAUAGCAUUUAGCUUGGGGAAUACAUCAGAGACACAUUUUAAUACAAACACAGUGGAAAGGAUUGAACAUUUGGCAUUCAGGUCUCCGCCAGGAUGUGGCAGUGAGGAUGCUGGUGCCAGGGCUGGCUGUGUUGAUGUGGCUGUGGGCGGGGGUGGGGGUGGGGGCGGCGGGGGCCUUGGCGGACGCCCUCCCCAACCAGGACCCGGGUCUGGAUGGCAGCACCAACGACAACAUGACCUGGUGCUUCUCCGCCCGCAUCCGCAGCACCGUGCUGCAGGGCCUGCCCUUCGGAGGCGUGCCCACCGUACUGGCGCUCGACUUCAUGUGCUUCCUGGGUCUGCUCUUUGUGUUCUCCAUCCUGAGGAAGGUGGCAUGGGACUACGGGCGACUGGCUCUGGUCACGGAUGCAGACAGACAGGAUCAACGGUACCGGCGCCUGGAUGAACGGGAAUAUGUGGCCUCUGCUAUGCAGUCCCAGACGCCUGACCGAUACGAACGCCUCACCUCCAUCUCCAGCUCUGUAGACUACGACCAGAGAGACACCGGUUUCUGCUCCUGGUUAACGGCUAUUUUCCGGAUAAAAGAUGAUGAGAUCCGUGAAAAGUGUGGUGAGGACGCGGUGCACUACCUGUCCUUCCAGCGCCACAUCAUCGGGCUGCUGGUGGUGGUGGGCGUGCUCUCCGUCGGCAUCGUGCUGCCCGUCAACUUCUCAGGAAACCUGCAGGAUGGAAAUGCGUACAGUUUUGGGAGAACCACUAUAGCCAACCUUAGGGCACAUGAUUCCCUGCUGUGGCUGCACACUACAUUCGCUUUCCUCUACCUGCUACUGACUGUGUACAGCAUGAGGCGGCACACCUCCAAGAUGCACUACAAAGAAGACGACCUGGUCAAACGCACUUUAUUCAUCAAUGGCAUUUCGAAGUAUGCUGAGGAAAAGGACAUCAAGAACCACUUUGAGCAAGCGUACGAGAACUGUGUGGUGUUGGAGGCUCGCAUCUGUUACGACGUGGCUAAACUCAUGUACCUGGACUCGGAGAGGAAAAAGGCGGAGAGGAGCAAGAAGUUCUUCACGGACCUGCAUGCCAAAGAGCACGUCACCACCAUGAUCAACCCCAAACCCUGCGGCCACCUCUGCUGCUGUGUCAUCAAGGGCUGUGAGCAGGAGGAGGCCAUUGGCUACUACACCAAGCUGGAGUGUAAGCUGCGCGAGGACUACAAGAAGGAGCGGGAGAAGGUGAACACCAAACCUCUGGGCAUGGCCUUCGUCACCUUCCAGAACGAGGCCAUGACCGCCAUCAUCCUGAAGGACUUCAACGCGUGCCAGUGCCAGGGGGGCUGCAGGUGUCGGAGGGAGCCCAAAUCAUCCCAGUUCAGCACGGUGCUGCACACCCACGACUGGACCGUCACCUACGCCCCCGACCCACAGAACGUCUACUGGGAGCACCUGUCCACGGCUGGCUUCCCCUGGUGGGCGCGCUGCUUCGUCAUCAACUGCCUGCUCUUCCUCCUGCUCUUCUUCCUCACCACGCCCGCCAUCAUCAUCUCCACCAUGGACAGGUUCAACGUCACCAAGCCCGUGCAGUACCUUAAGAAUCCCAUCAUUACCCAGUUCUUCCCCACUCUGCUGCUGUGGAGUUUCUCUGCCCUGCUGCCCACCAUCGUCUACUACUCCGCCUUCUUCGAGGCCCACUGGACACGGUCUGGGGAGAACAGGACCACCAUGCACAAGUGCUACACCUUCCUCAUCUUCAUGGUCUUACUACUGCCCUCUCUGGGGCUCACCAGUUUGGAUGUUUUCUUCCGCUGGUUAUUUGACACACAGUUCCUGGCUAAAGGAAAAGUGAGAUUUGAGUGUGUGUUCUUGCCGGACAACGGUGCAUUCUUCGUGAACUACGUGAUCGCAUCGGCAUUCAUCGGUAACGCCAUGGACCUGCUGCGGAUCCCCGGUCUGCUCAUGUACAUGAUACGACUCCUUCUAGCCCGCUCCGCCGCGGAGAGGAGGAACGUCAAACGGCAUCAAGCGUAUGAGUUCCAGUUUGGUGCGGCGUACGCCUGGCUGAUGAACGUCUUCACGGUGGUCAUGACCUACAGCAUCACCUGCCCAAUCAUCGUGCCCUUCGGCCUGAUGUACAUGCUCCUGAAGCACCUGGUGGACAGGUACAACAUGUACUACGCCUACCUGCCCUCCAAGCUGGACAAGAAGAUCCACUCAGGGGCCGUCAACCAGGUGGUGGCCGCCCCCAUCCUCUGCCUCUUCUGGCUACUGUUCUUCUCCGUGGUGCGAAUAGGUUUUGAGGCUCCCACCUCCAUGUUCACCCUGGUGGUCCUGAUCAUCACCAUCACUGUAUGCCUCUCCCACGUCGUCUUCGGCCAUUUUAAAUACCUCAGUGCCCAUAACUACAAGGUCGACACCAGGACGGAUGUUGAUGGAGUGGAGAACGGUGGUCCUCAGAAUAUUGCCAUGACCUCCAAAGCCACUUACAUAGCCCAGGUGCUGCAGGAGUCGACCUCGGACGAGGCGGGCUCGUCGGGCAGCGGCGACGACGACGGCCAGGGGUCCUCGCAGGACGAGGACAUGAUCAACCCCAACACGGGCAACCAGGGAGACUUCCAGUCCGGAGAGGAGCACCUCAUUGCCAACGAGGUCCGCCAGUGAACAGCAGAGGAGGAGGAGGAGAGGAGCGGGGUCCUCCAGCGAGGGGCGGAGGCGGAGAGUGAGGUCCGGCCAGAGAGGAGCGACGGAGGGUCAGGAGAGCCAGGCAGCAGGGGUGGGGAGGCAGUCGGGGCCAUGGAGGUCCUGCACUCAACUGCACUCGAUGGACAACGAUGACCGCAGCAGCGGAUAAAAGAAACAAACGCACCCAAACAAACAUACACACAUGAACAAAGAUAUGCUCCUUCAUGGAGGUCCUGCAUUCAGCUGGACUCUACCAGUGACGACGAUGACGGCAACAGAAAUGAGAAACACAAAUGCACGCACAGCAACUUAAGAGGCCAGGUCGUCCUCCUCUUCCUCCUCCUGAAGCAGCUCUUGCUGGUGGAUCAGGCGUCAUGGCCUCUCUCCCCUCCUCUCCUGCCACUCUGCUCCACUCUACUCCACACCUGCCGCCUCCUCCUCCUCCUCCUCCUCCUCCUCCUCCUCCAGCAGUCAGUGCUCCAUAGAGUUGGCCCUCCAUUUAGUGUCUCCUUUUUUUUCUACUUGAGUUAGCUAAAACCGCACUUACUCACCCCACUCACCCCAACUCACCCACUCACGUGUUAUAUACACACUGUACUGACAAGUUCUCAUCACCUUACCCUUUCACCCUUAGCCUUCUCUCCCUCGCUCCCCCCACCACCCACAUCAUAGACCAAGAGUAGAAAACUGUAGUUUACCUGGGGAGCGGGCUAUGACGACAGACUGACUGUGUUUGAGAUCGCACCGUAUGGAUUCCCCAGGCUUUAUCAUGACAUGAGAUGAGAUGCUUUAAAGAAACAAACAAACAACAAAAAAAGACAAAAAAGAAGACAAAAAGAACUUUGGGAGGCGUCCUCCUGUGAUCAUCAUACAGACAAAAAAAAAAAAGCGACUAAAUGUUCUCACACACUUCUGCUGUUUGUUCACUCAUGCCUCAGAGCUCCCUGAGAGAAAAGAAGAAAAACACUACCUUGUUAUAUUCUUUUAUUAUUUUUAUUAUUAUUUAAUCAGUUGUCAAUAAUGUUUUUUUCAGAAUGAAUCACUGAUUUUUGAUCCUCUACUGUAGUGUGUUGAGCCUGCUGUUAACAAGUCUACGUCUUUCCCCCCUCCCCGCCAUUCGAAAAAGAUCAAUAUUGUACAGAACACCUGAUGGCAGAAUUAGCUGAAGACAUAGUUGUGAUUACGUGAUGACAUCAGAACCUUGCUUGGUCCAGUACUCGUUUGCCUAUGGAGAUUAGAUGACUGCUUUAGGCAUCUAGAAGCAUGUGUCACUACGUCGUAGCUAUAAUCUCCAUCUCCCAAUGUAGUGGCUCCCUGCUUUUCUUUGGAUCUUGUGGCUUGUGUAACUAGACCUGGCUUUCAGUCAAUUAGUCAGCCAGUCCUGUGCACACUAAUCCAUCAGGGGUGCAUUUCUCAAAACCAUUGUUGCUCACUACAUUAGCUACUUUGCUAGUUUCAAUGCAAUUUCCCAUUGGCAGCUACCCAAGUUGCUAAUUGGCUUGCAACUACGCUUUCGAGAAAUGCACCCCAGGACUCCCUCUGGAGGGACUGGUGUGUUUAUGUGUUGGUUUGUUUGUUUGUUUUGGUGUUGAAACUGUAAAGACACCCUUUAAAAUACUCCAUGUUCUUCCGAUCUAAGGGGUCCAUUUCCCGCCUCCGCACGCGUAGUUCCUAACUAUGUUGGCUACCGUGUUGUUUACGAUGCACUUUCACCAUUGCCAGCCACAACCAAUGAUAGUUGCUUACUGGCUGGGUCAGAGGUGCCAAUCCGGGUUCAGAAAGUAAAAUCCCUGCCACAGAUUUGAUCCAACAAGCCGACUUUAGCUGAUAGUAAUGAGUACUCUAGACAGGUAGACCUGUUGCUCAUUGAAGUCACCUGUGUUGGAAGGAAACUGUGGCAGGGGUCUUACUUUCUGAACUGGAUUUUUGACACUUCUGGCUGCGUUGUUGGGAAGUGCUCUCCAGAACUAAGAGCCAAUCAGGGGUGCAUUUCUCAAAACCAUAGUUGCUUACUACCUUAGCUAAUUUGCUAGUUUCAAUGCAAUUUCCCAUUGGCAACUGCCCACGUUGCUAACUGGCUAGCAACUACGCUUUCGAGAAAUGCACCCCGGGUUAGCUCUUGAUCAGGCAAAAUGAAUGCAAAUGCAGGACCAGAGCAUGCCAUUUGUUGGACAAAGAAAGAAGCUGUUCCCUGGGGUUUGAGCUGCUUUUUCGGGAUCCCCUGUUGGAAACGUUUGAAUGAGGCAGCAGCACGCACAGCAAAUAUAGGGCUUUGUACUUCUGUCUGUUCUUGUGUUCUUUUUUUAAUCACUGUUAUUAUUUCUCUUCCCAGACCACUAAUUAAUAUAGCAAUGAAUCAUGAUUUCACUAAUGCUUUACUGUCGAUUGUGGUAUUGAAGCGUCACUAAAACGCAACACCUUGGUACUACAUUUAUACAUGUCCCAUUUGGUGUCAUGUCUGUUUUGCUAACUAACGUUAUACGGAUCGAUGUUAACAACCCCCUGUAUUUUAAAUCAUUCGACCUGAGAAAUGUAAUGACUUGUGUUGUUUCAUGGCAAGUGAGCACAUUCUGUGGUAUUCUCUGACGAGCUUUUAGAAUGGAGUCAUUUCUCUUCCAAUAUGUGGUCCCCCACUCAAGUGCUAUUUUGUUUUUGUUUUGUUUUUGUUUUUUUGUUGUUUUUUUUUAGUUAUGUAGACGUACGAUCUGGGUUUAGCUCUUCUGAGAUGCUACUGAGAAGAAUGAUUGUUGUCUGAUAUGUGCUUCUGUAUGUACUAUGGCCAAGGUGGACCCAUGUCUGUCGCUGUUGGCCUGAGGCUUAUGCAUGCACACUACAAAUGAAAGCAGAACGUUUGAUUGUGGCUGUAAUUCCUCCCAAAAUCAUUUCCUGUUAAAGUCCCCGCUGCAGUAGAUGCACUAGCCCUGCCCCUUACCCCAACACAUACACACACCUUCACCAUGUUAUGUAUGUGAUCAUUCAAAAAUUGUCUUACAUUUUUGGGAGCGUUGGCUUGUGGCCUACUUGUCUCCUGAAUCUUAACCAAGGAGGUUGAAUGCAAAAGUAAUUAGAUAUAGAUUACUGUCUGUACUACUGUAGCCAUGUGUAAUGUGCAAGAUGAAUGUAUGAAUGGACACUGGUGCAGGGCCAGAUUAAGAUGGCCAGGGGGGUCCCUAGGCUACAGGUUGCUGUUGGCCCCCACCGACGGCAAUUUCUGACAAAAUUACAUAGGUAGAUUCCGAGCAAUUAAGGACGUGUUUGCCAAUCUGUGGACGGGAGUGUUAACAAGAUUUAAAAUUAUUCUCUUCAACUCGACACGGCAGACAAUAAUGCAUCAUGUCACAAUGCUGUAAUUAUUGAUCCCCCUUUGGCCAAUUGCGGGCCCCCUUGCAGGUGGGCCCCUGGGCUGCAGCCAUAGCUAGCCUGUGUGUUAAUCUGGCCCUGCACUGAUGUCAUUCUAAACAGAGUAGAGUUGUUUCCGAAUCACUCCAUAUUGCAACUGCCUAAUACAUGGCCAAUGGACGUGGACAUCUGAUAGCUGAAGUAAUUUACAUUAACAUCUCGUCAGUGGCAAAUAGUGUUACAAAAAAAAAUUAGGAAUAAUGUGUUCCAUAUUUAUUGCUUCUUGUUUUUGUUUGUUUGUUUGCAUUGUGAAGGCAGUUUUUUGCCAGGGGAUUGGCCUGUGGUCAAUGGAGUUGUUAAAUUUGUGAAAUAUUUGUGUACAUAGAUUAACUGCACUGCUCUUCAAAACACUAUGCUUUGGUAUUUAUGACUACAUUUGUACAGUUGUACGCAGUAAAACCAGUAUGUACAGUCACCGUGUUUCCUGGUUUACUCUCCUCUCAUCGUCAGCUUUUUCUUUCCCCAUUCCCUCUACAUAAAAAUGUCACUGGAGGCAAUUUUUUCAUAUUUAGGGUUAUUCCCUGUUUUUAAUAAUUUUGUAAAUUAACUGCUAUCUCUUCCCUCUCAUUCUGUCUCUGUCUUCCCUCUCUCUCUCUCUCUCUCUCUAAAAAAGACUGUAUAUUUGGCAGAGUCCCCUGUCAAUCCCUUCCAAGUCUUUCAACAAUAAAAAGGCAUUUACUAAUGAACAGA